CUCGGGCCCAAAGCAUCCUCCAUUUUCCAGAUGUUUUUGGCCAAGUGACCUGAAGGCCUCGGGGCUUUUGAGUGGUGUUGGCUCGCGGCCAAAAUAAUAUCCCCUUCAGGGAAAACUCCAGUCUGAGAUGAGGCCGGACAAGUCAUCCCCCUCCGAAUAAUUUAAUCGCUCAUAAAAUCUCUUUCACUGCGUGUUUUGUCACGAUUCAGAAGACUAUAAAAUGCUGAGUCAUCGUUCAUAUCUUACAACUGAGAUCAGAGACAUUGGCAUAGUGUGUAGGAACAUCGAUGUUUUAUUAAAUCUGUUGGAUAGAUUGAUGCAGUGAGAGAGGAAGAGAUGCUUCUUUGAAUCCAAAAGACAUCAAUUGUAAAUGUUCUGAAUUUCCGACUCGGUCGUCACGCUGUGGAAAGAAUUCAAAAUAACCUGGAACAAUCCAUCUCUUAAAGUCCCCUCGAGCUGUAAAUAUGUAUAUAAUACGCAUAUAAACCACCGCAACGCGUCCAGAAAUCAGGUAGAAAGUUUAAAACUACAGUAGAUAAACGUUAAAGUCAAAUAUCUGAGGGGAAAGUUUCAGUAGGUACGGCUCUGAGAUGGAAGGAGGCGAGUCGAGGAGCAUGGAAGAGGAGGAAGAGGAGGAAGAGGAGGAUGGAUGCAUGCAGAGGAGCGAUGGCCUCCAGCCAACGGCUCUGCAGUAAAAUUACAUAACAGCAGUUUGCCUCCUCAGUAUUUAGCAAUCGAGGUCGGCGGCGGCGGCUCAUUCGUUUCCAUUCAGCUGUGAGAUAAUUGUUUUCUCUGAUUUGUUUUUGAACCCGGAGGACCGGCGGGGAAACUUUAUUCAUUUAUUUUCUUUUUAACAGAUUGAGCUUCUUUUUUUUUAGACAUUUGAAUGUAGAUUUCAGUUCUGUUUGUGCCUCAACAACGUUGUGUACACGCGUUUGUCUGCCACACCAGGACUGAGCCUCCAGAGGCCUGUGACCUGCAGAGCAUGACCACCUACCUGGCACCUCGUAUAUCAUCGUCUGUGUGUGUGUGUGUGUGUGUGUGGUUCUGUGUGUGUGUGUGUUUUGGUAAUUGGUUGGAUUUGCAGACAAAGCAGCACGGCGGGGACAUUGCCUCUCUGUUGGGAAGACAAACGCAGGAGAAACGCCCGUUACACGCGGCCAAUCGGCUUUUAGCGUGGGUUAAAUGGCGUUUGGAUGUUCCCUGUGGGGGCGAUGAGGGCAGGAUUGGUGUUUUGGAGGAAGAAGGCAGUCACCGAAUGUGAAUACCACAACCGUUGCUUUGAUGAACUCGCCUUCUGUUUAUUUUCCUUUCUCCGUUUUUUUUGGAGGGGUCUUUCUGUCUUUAAUUGGGGGCGGUUCUUUGUUAUCCAGCCUCCUACCCGCCAUCCCCUCAUUAAAUAUCCAUGAGCACUGAGGAUUAGGGACUUGAAUAUAUGUGAUAAUGGAAUUUUGUGUUAAAAAUCCAUGAAAAAAAAAAUACAAAAUAAGAUUAGUAGUGUCUUGUACAAUAUCUAAACGCUUGUAGAUCUCUGUACGGGACAGUUUGCUCAAAAAAGUCAAAAAGAAGGUAAAAUCCCAAGAAGCAUGAACGAGUGAAUAAAGCAAUGAGCUCAUUCUUUCUCUCCGUGGGACCAUUCUGUGGCAGAAAUUGGUGACAAACAACAACAACCAUCUCUGCACUGUGAUUGGCUCGUUCUCCUCUCAAUGCGCCCUGUUAAAUUCCCCCGUAGCUCGGCCCUCCCCCUCCCCCUCCUCCUCUUUCUUUCUCGCUCCGCCUCUAACACCUCCCUCCUCCACUCGUGCUGCUUGGUGAGAGUGUGUGUGUGUGUGUGUGUGUUAAUCCUCUCUCCCUCCACAGACACACUCACACACACACACACACACACUGAGACAUGUGGGCUGGAGCGCUCCCUCCACGAGACUGAGAGACGGGAACGCUCAUUUGGGCAGCAUCAUUCCCGUUUGAAGGAUUUUGGAGGCGCGUUUCUUAAAAGAUUUAUUGAACCGCAUUCAGAAAACUUUCUUUCACGAUAUUUUAACCUUUUUUUCUUCUUCUUAUUCUUUUUGUUAUGAUGUGGAACUGCACCAUGCAGCCGCAUCCGGAUGCAGAGCUAACCUGAUUGGCUGAUCUUUGCACGGCUGGAUUGGUCCUGUGUUGACUCCUCGGUUUGAGAUGUUGUUGUCGGACGGAGCUUUUUAAAGGAUUUGAGAGUCCAGCUGUGUAAUUUUGGUCCAUUAAUUCUCAUUUUAAAUAGUUUUUCGUCGUUGCUCCCGUUGGGAGGAGUCAUAUUCCCUGGCACUGCGAUUGGCUCCCUGGUAUUUGGAGUUGGAUUUGAGUCUCAGAGCCGGCGUUUUGAUUUUAAACCUCCCAGGCUGAGUUAAUUUUACACCAAACUCCCACAAUGCCGAGCAGAGAGUCGUGCGUCGUUAGAAGAGCCAAGAAGCAGUCGCGCCGGCGAGCCGAGAAGCAGGCGGGGGGUCAGAACGGCUCUCUGUUCACCGCCGCUCUCGGUUUGAAUGCCAGCCCCGCCUCUCCCACCUCCACCUUCUGGCAACCAAUCAGAUCUUUUGCCCUCUCUCAGCUCACGUCACUGGUGCGGCGGGCCACCCUGAGGGAGAGCGACCUGGCACCCAAGUACGAGAAGGUCCACAACUUCAAGGUUCAUACGUUCAGAGGCCCCCACUGGUGCGAGUACUGCGCCAACUUCAUGUGGGGUCUCAUCGCCCAGGGAGUGAAGUGUGCAGACUGCGGCCUGAACGUCCACAAGCAGUGCUCCAAAGUGGUGCCCAACGACUGCCAGCCGGACCUGCGGCACGUCAAGAAGGUGUACAGCUGCGACCUGACCACGCUGGUGAAGGCCCACAACACCAAGAGGCCCAUGGUGGUGGACAUGUGCAUCCAGGAGAUCGAGGCUCGAGGUCUCCAGUCGGAGGGUUUGUACCGGAUCUCCGGCUUCAGCGAGCUGAUUGAAGACGUCAAGCUGUCGUUCGACCGAGACGGCGAGAAGGCGGACAUUUCCUCGACCGCGUACGAGGACCUCAACAUCAUCGCCGGAGCCCUCAAGCUCUACUUCCGGGAGCUGCCCAUCCCCCUCAUCACGUACGACGCCUACCCGCGCUUCAUCGAAACAGGAAAGAUCGCGGACGCAGAGAAGCGGCUGGAGUCGCUGCACGAGGCCUUGAAGCUGCUGCCGCCCGCUCACUGCGAGACGCUGCGGUGCCUCAUGGCUCACCUCAAGAGGGUGACGGAGUACGAGAAGGAGAACCUCAUGUCCAGCGAGAACCUGGGCAUCGUCUUCGGCCCGACGCUGAUGAGGGCCCCCGGGCUGGACGCCAUGACGGCGCUCAACGACAUCCGGUACCAGAGACUCGUGGUGGAAACGCUCAUCACCAACGAAGACGUGUUGUUCUGAGAGGAGGCGAGGGGAGGGGAGAGGAAGCUUCCCAACGAGGAGAGGAAGGACAAGGCGGAUCGGGACGCGGUCCGGAGAAAAGAUUUGA